CACCCGGCCAGGCCCGCGGGCAUCUGCUGUGUGUCCGGCUCCGUACUCAGCGCCCCCAUUGCAGUUGGCGCUGCCUCGAUGUUCCAGCUGCCCAUCUUGAAUUUCAGUCCCCAGCAAGUGGCCGGGGUAUGCGAGACUCUGGAGGAGAGCGGCGACGUAGAGCGCCUGGGUCGCUUCCUCUGGUCGCUGCCCGUGGCCCCUGCGGCCUGCGAGGCCCUCAACAAGAAUGAAUCGGUGCUGCGCGCGAGAGCCAUCGUGGCCUUUCACGGUGGCAACUACCGCGAGCUCUACCAUAUCCUGGAAAACCACAAGUUCACUAAGGAGUCGCACGCCAAGCUGCAGGCGCUGUGGCUCGAAGCCCAUUACCAGGAGGCUGAGAAGCUGCGUGGACGGCCCCUGGGGCCGGUGGACAAGUACCGUGUGAGGAAGAAGUUCCCGCUGCCGCGCACCAUUUGGGACGGCGAACAGAAGACACACUGUUUCAAGGAGCGCACGCGGCAUCUGCUACGGGAAUGGUACCUGCAGGACCCAUACCCCAACCCCAGCAAAAAGCGUGAGCUCGCCCAGGCAACCGGACUGACCCCUACGCAGGUGGGCAACUGGUUCAAAAACCGCCGACAAAGGGACCGGGCGGCUGCUGCCAAGAACAGACUCCAGCAGCAGGUCAUGUCGCAGGGCUCCGGACGGGCUCUAAGGGCUGAGGAAGAGAGCACGCCCGAGGUGCUGGGCGCCGCCGCCAGCCCGGCUGCCAGCCUAUCCAGCAAGGCAGCCACUUCGGCCAUCUCCAUCACGUCCAGCGACAGCGAGUGCGACAUCUGA